UAUUGUUCGUUCUAACAGUGAUCCGUUGACACUAUCUUUUUCUCCUAAAAAUCCUAGAGCAAUACAACACACUAAAACCCUAGACCUAAAGAUAUUUCAAUUUGUUAGCAGUCGCCCCAAAUUCCCAAAACCCUAGACGUUAAAGCCAGAGGAGUAUUCUAUCUCACUGUUCAAAUUCAAUGGCAAAGCAACUGCGGCGACAACAGAUAUAUGUCCACUGUAUGAAUGGUCGGAAGCAUUUGUGGUAUUGUAUUAAUUUCGAUUCAGAGUCCAGUACGGUUGAACUUUCUCAGGUUGCGCCAAUGGAGUUGGAAUUCAGAGGAGACUGGGCCAUUGUGGGUAACCACAUCUACUGGGCCGGCGGAAUCAAGAACCCUGAGCCGUCGGAUAUGGGGAUCAGACUCCCUUACUCCUCUAUGGAAUUGUAUAGGCACGACAUCACAAGCACCGACCCCGUCUCCUGGGUUCCCGUAUCGUCUUCCAAGAAGCUUCAUAGGCAUGAGGCCUGUGUUGUUUCCCUUGAUAAGACGAUCUAUGUUCUGGGGGGCAAAAAGUUUCCCUACGAAGGUGACGAGUACGAAGGGAGGUACUGCGGCGAAGCUUACGACAUUGACAGCUUUGACACCAAAAGCUGGAAGCUGAUGGCAUUGAAUGUCCAGGAUUUUGCUACUUUUACUAGUAGUACUACUGCCUUUGUGAAAGGGGAAGGUGAAGUUGUAUGUUACUCAAUUCUGACGGGCCACUUGCUAAUUUACAAUAUCCAUGAGGAUGGUUUUAAAUUUCAAGUUCAUCCCCACUUUAAUUUCCGAGUAUCAAGAUCCCCAAGCGGCAAUUCUUUGCCUAAUGGGCUUGAUGACGGUGACCUUGACAAACUAAUUUAUGUGGUCAUCAAUGUACGGCCGGUUGUAAGCAACUCAACAUUGUAUUGGUUUGCCAAUAACUUGAUCUUGUAUGGAUAUGAUUUUUCCGAGAAAAGAUGGUUUAAAUCAACAAGUCUUCAAGGGAUGUUAUGGGAACUUCCUUUCCCUGAUGAUGCAUUUCCAGUUUUGGUUCAACUGUGUCGUACAGAUUUCGUGUUGAUUGCUCCUUUGUCUUCCGGAAAAUUGGGAGUGGCUCACCUUGUUGUCUUCAGAAACACACGCUCUUUAGAUGUGUCCGUGGAGUUACUCAGUACUUUAUCUGUUGAUGAUCCUGUUUUUGUUCCUGUUGAUGGGAUAGCAAUCCCUGUAGACACUGAAGAGCCAGCCACAAAGAAGGGUUCUACCAUAAAAGACAAGGAGAAUAAUAAGAAGGAUAAAGGGGCAGUUGCACCAUGCAUCAUGGCGAAGCGAGUCAGAAAUGCAACUUGACUAGUCAAGUCUAGAACAAGUGGUAAUUAUAUGUAGCUCAACUCUUGUGGCAUAAUUGAUCAACUCUGUACUUAAGCAGAUCUACUUGGCUGAAGUGAAUUUAGUAAUUAUGCAGUAAUCUUGCAGCUGUCGGUUUAAAGUGCAUAACCUGCUUUGUAGAUUCUGGUUGACUUUAAAGCUAAAGUGCCGCCACUUUGUUCUUUAGCCUCUUUUGUUCGUUUAAAUCAAGAUGUAUAACAUUUCAACAGUAAUUUGGUUUUUGAUAGUUCUUGUGUAGAAGAAGUCAUGCAGUCAACAUGUGCCAGGAAUUUUCGUCCUCUUUUGGUAGAGAACCUCUUAAUGAUGACUGGUCUAGUUUCGUUAUA